AUGUCUUCCAAAGUUAGGGCAAAGAAGGAGCAAUGGUCCCAGGAGACGCCAUCUCUGACUAGGUCACUUCCAGGUGACAUGAUCGUUGAUAUCGUAGCACGUGUACCGAGAAGAUAUUAUCCGACAAUCUCUCUCGUUUCCAAGAGUUUCCGAGCUCUAGUUGCAUCGCCUGAGCUAUACAAGAGAAGAUCCUUGUUAGGCUGCACCGAACACUGUCUCUAUGCUGUCUUCUAUAACGUCAACACCCAUCUUUCCCAUUUGUAUAUUCUCAACAGCAAUAAUCGCUUGGUCCUUAUUCGGCCCCCUGCUCUUAUUCAUGGAAAAUACGUCGCGGUGAAGUCCAAGAUAUAUGUGUUUGGUGGAUCUUUCAGUGACAUUACAAUGUGCAUCGAUUGUCGAUCUCACAGUGUGCAGAUCAUCUCCAAGAUGCCUAGGAUCUUGUUUAAUCCAGCUGUUACCGUCAUCGACCGGAAUAUUUACGUAAUGGGAGAUUGCCAUGGUGAUUACAUUGACAAGGUGGGCGCGAGAGAACGGCCAAAGAGAGUCGCGGUGUUGGAUACAGAAACUCAAACGUGGCAGCAUGAGACUACAAAGCCAGACAUGAAGAUAGGCGCAUUGCGGCCUGAUGCUGUGGUGGUGAUGGAGGACAAGGUUUACAUGAGAGGCUUUGUGAAUAGCUUUGUUUAUAAGCCGAAGGAAAGUAAAUGGGAACCGGACGAGAUGCUAAAUUCUAUGAGAUGGGAUAAUGCGUGUGCUGUUGAGGAUGUCUUGUACUAUCAUGAUUAUUACGCGAAUAAGUUGAGAGCGUAUGAUCCAAAGCAGAGGCGUUGGAGUGUGGUGAAUGGUUUGGAUGAUUUGUUGUCUAACAUGUCUAUUACAUCGUGUGCCAAGACGGCUAGUUACGGUGGGCUUUGGCAAUCUUCUUUCAUAAAGAAAAAGAGAUUUGGUGUGCUGAGAUUGUUUUGGAAAGACAGCAAGGAGGAGAGAUUUGGGGCAACAUGCAAUGGUGUGAUGUUGUUUAUAAUGAUGGGUGCGUUUUUUUGA